UUGGUGGGGUGGCCUAUCCUGGUGUUGGUGGGCUGACUGGCCCAGGGUUUCGAGGCCGACCCAGUCAGAAGUCGCAGGCUCGGCUCGCAGACUGCGGCAACUGGCUGGACCCCAGAAGACAAGGAGAUUAAAGGGGAGAUCGAGGAGGAGAGGAGGAGGACCACGAUCCAACCCAUUCAUCUCGCUCACGGACCUGGACACGCCGCAGCCGCGGUCUUCGUAAGCGCCCCGGCCCGCCCACUCAUCUACGUCCUUCGCCGAUCCGGAGUGUGGCCUUCAGUCUAGAGCGAUGCGGCUCAGGCGGGCUCAUCCUUGACGCUCUAGCCGCUGAGCCGUCCGCUCGGGCGUGUCUGGCAUCCACCCCCACCCUAGGUCCGCACUGGUUUGAACCCCUCGCCCCAAGCAGGCGGGCGCUAUGAACCCGCUAUGAACCGCCAGCUUGUCGUUAGGAGCGUUUAAGAUAUUAUUGGGUCAUGAUGGCUGAUGCUUUGGCGUUGGGCGCCGCCCCCACGCCCACUUUGUGCCCCGUGUGCCAGCGAAGAGUGGCCCCGCCCCUUUCGCACCAUUUAGCCACUCACUCCAAAGAAGAAGUGGUGUCAGCUUUGUUGAAUAGUAGUCUGGUGUCGACCCACUCACCCACCGUCCCUUUAGCCCCACCUCCGGCCCACGCCUCCAACUCGGGAUUAACCGCCCAGCGUCUGGCUCCGUCCACGGUGGCCUCACACACUGGUGGUUUACUCGGUCCCCACACCCUGACCUCUAUGUUAGGGGCUGUGUCAGGGCCCGGGGGCCCGCUAUUACUCCCCACGCCCAAUGGUGGAAUGUCCACAGGCUUGCCGGGCGGACAGCCCAAUGGGCCUGCAUCCUUGUUCUUACCCCCGAUGAUGGGCAUGAUGCAGGUGGUCAACUCCCCGUGCCUGAUUCCCCAACCCGGCGGGCCGCCUAUUUUAGUGAAUAUGCCCAGUUACGUGUACCCUAAUAUGAUGGGAGGCAUGUUCAAUCCCUUAGGUCAGGGCUUUAUGGGGGGUAACGGGCACCCUACCUUAACGUCGGUUCCCGCCAGUAUGGCGAUCGAUCCGUUGGCCUCGCAUAUUCCUGUGUCGUCCAUGCUGGGUCCGCCUCUCUCCACUGUGGCCUCGAGCGGUGUGACUGCUUAUUCGGCGGCUCCCACUCGCCCGCCGUUGCGACCCUCCGUCUCAGUGCCAAUCGUGUCGGCCCCGAGUUCCACCCGGAGAACGCAUCACAAUCUAAAUCCCAGUUCAGCCGGCCAAGUCACCGACCCUGUUACCAUUCCGCGCUCGGUCCCGUCCCAUGUGUCACCUUCUCAGACUACGGUACGCCCAGACUCUCCAAGUCCUACCCCAUCGUUACCUGACGAGCGGGAUACUUCUCCUUCCCCGCCCCGACCAGUGUCCGCCCGGCGAUCACCCGAGCAUCGCAGUUUGUCCCCACCAUCCUUGGUAGUAGUUCCGGUCACAUCGAGCGGCUCCAAGUAUUUGUCCGCUUCCAGUCAACCGAAUCGCGUGCCCACGGUCCAAGAUACGCUAUUAUCUCGAGCAUUGAGUGAGGAUGAGGCCAAUCCUUUGCUUCCGAUUGAACCUACCACAGCAUUACCUCUCAACCGUGAAUCACGGACCCCAACCAUGAGCGGUGGUAAGCGGGCUGCCCAAGCUUCAACCAGUGAUGGCAUGUUUGGUUUUACUCAGUACGCCGUGGACAGUCCCUAUCCUGCAGCUUCGCUGAACUUUUCUUCCAUGUUGCUGGACGGGGUGCCUGUGUCUCAAAGCUCUGUCCUACGUGGCUCGUCUCCCAUGACCUCUGCAGCGUCCACAUCAUCCGUUUUGACGGCUUCACCCACACCUCAACCAAGAGAGGUGGUGGCGGGUCCGGUCAUCAAGUCUGAACUUUCCGAUUCUGGUCAAAGUAGUAGCUAUAACGUGUGUACGGUGGAGACGGUCAGUGAUUUGGCCAAUGCCCUCAAGUAUGACGAUGUCCAGAUUGUAGUGCCCAACGAGUUGCUAGAAACGAAUGAUUUCAAGUCUUUCAUAUCCACCUUGAACUCGAUCCCGGCUCACGAUUCGCCGGGAUCGUCAGGUCAUCAUUUUGAACACAUGAAGUCGGAUCCAGAUUGCGCCGCCCCUCCUAAUACGCCAAAUCAGACACGUCCUCCCUCAGUCACAUCAGCGGAAUUGAACGCAUCGGUGCCUCCGGCCUCGCCUAAACCUUGUAGUAGUAAAGAUGUGCUUGAUUCACUGGACAGAGGUGUGGAAAGCAUUCUCCCCAAUAAUCUCGAAGAAUCCGACGACGAGAUCACGCUGCAGGAUUUGGUCGCCAUGGAAACUCUGGACGAUGCAGAUGACGUGGGCGAUGAUGAUCAAUUCUUCACCUUAUCUUCAAGUACAAAUCCUUUGGAGCCUUUCAUGAACUCGAUACUACAAGUGCCAGAGGGUCUCCGUUCCUUAAACUCGUGUGAGAAGUGCGGACAAAAGUUCUCCUCUUCAUUUGAGUAUCGAGAACAUGUGGAAAGGUGUCAGGUCAAGACCAUGCCGAACAAAGGCGUGGGCAAGAAGAGUUCCAAGAGCUCAGCUAAAACCAAAGUUAGAUCCAACCCCCUUCCUCCUACUCAACUACCGCCAACGUCAUCAUCGUCAUCGUUAUCACCAACAUCGGCGUCAUCCCAUUCUAUCCCUUCCACUUCCAAGAGUUCUCAAUCUCAAUCAAUGCAAACCUCUUCUCAAGAGGAAGCCGUUGCCGAAGAUGCUCAAACUGAGAGCUUCUCGGCCUCGGAGCCCCCCGUUUCGCAGCUAGAUCCCGAUGUAGCUGAAUCGGACUCCAAAGUCGAUCUGCUUUCUUUAGCGCAAAUUAAGAUGGAAAUCAAGACUGAGGUUAAGACUGAGAUGCUCUCGGCGUCCCAGUCGGUUUUGGGUGGCACGGGCCAACACUGGAAGUGCAACGAGUGCAAAGUGGUCUUUGAGACCGGUCCUCAAUUGCUCGAGCAUCUGGAUCUCGUUCGCCGCAGUGAUCACAAGUGCAUGGUGUGUCAUCUGAUUUUUGAAGAUCGUCGCACUCAGGUGCUACACAAAAAGAAAUUUCACAGUGCUGCUCCCAGUAUUAAAACUGAACCAUUAGUCGGAACAGUCCUAGACAUCGUGCCCAAUGAAAAUGGCGAAUACAUCUGUGAAAAGUGUGACCGUGCCUUCAAAGACAAGGAUCUCAUCAUCAAGCAUCUUCAAUGCCACGAAGAAGAGAAACCUUUCGAAUGCCUCGAGUGUGGAAAGAAGUUUGGUAAACCCUCUCUGCUUCGAGAUCACCGCAAGCGACAUUUCGAGGUGGGUCAAUUCGAAUGUGGCUACUGUAAAAAGCGUUUCUACACGCCCAACAAGCUACGCGAACAUAUCAGGAUUCACACGGGCGAGGCUCCUUUGACUUGCAACGUAUGUGGGAAAGGCUUCCGUCGCCACAGCAACCUCUCCGAGCACAAACGCAUUCAUAUGGAGAACCGCCCCGUGAAACCCCCCAAAGAGUUGUUCUGUCAUUGCGGGAAAGUGUUCAAGACCCAACGGGAUUUGGACUGGCACCAAGAAGGCGAGCAUGAUCGUAAGCCGAAGAAGUGCUCCUAUUGCGGCGAGGUUUUCGUUCACGGCUCCAGCUUGACGCGUCAUAUUCGUCUUAAGCACGAGUCCAACUUCUUGCCACAGGACCGGAAAUCGUCGUUGUACGCUGAAUGCCCGCAUUGCAAUUUGACCUUCUACAAGACCAGUAUCAACAAGCAUAUCCGCAUCAAACACCAGUUACAAAAGGCCUUCCAAUGUGAAAUCUGCAAGAAAUCCUUUGUGACCAAAUGCAACUUGGAGAACCACAUGUGGCAGCACAAAGGUAUCCGAUCUCGUCCUUUUAAGUGUCACUUGUGUAAGAAGGCCUACUUGCGACAGAACCUACUGGAUGUGCACAUGAGGUCUCAUCGUGGGAUCAAGCCUUUUGUGUGCAACGAGUGUGGUCUUCAGUUUGGGAACAAAUCCAACUGGCAGCGACAUGUGUCCGAGCAUUCGGGGACGAGAAACUACGAAUGUCCUCAUUGUCAGAAGCGCUUCUCUCGAGGAUACUACCUGACAGAUCAUCUGAAAGUGCACACGGGUGAGAAACCGUACAUCUGUGGCAUAUGCGGCAAAACUGCGGCCACGCGCAGCAACUACAAUUCUCAUCUACGGACUCACAUCACGCGAGAGCCUGUGAAUUCCGAGGUCUAGAUCCCAAAGUUUUCUACUUCUUGUACGCAUUCUAUUCUCUCUUAUAUUUCCCGCCUUAUCAAAUAUUUAUCCCGUGAAAAUCGCAUCACUAACGCCUCUUUCGAUCUUACGAUUGAACUCUUGUAUCCAUGGCUUCAAACAGAUAAUGACCAUCGUUACUUCGUUGGCUUCAAUUGUGUACCCUGUCCAUGGCUUUUCCGGCUCUCUUAGAUAUUUUUGGUUGUGUGUUUAAUUGUUCCAUACACUAGAUGUUGAUGGUUUUAUCAAUAUUCGACAUCAACCAUGAUAGUACCAAUAUUUUUUGUUCUUAGUACCCAAUUACCAAGCUUGGCUAUUGUCAAAUACUAUUAUUAAGCAUCCCGAACCAUAAACUUCUUUACAUGUGAGUGAUAAAGCCUAUCUCUCUUGCAGGUUUUGUAAAUAUACAUAUGCGAUGUAACCAUCAAUAAUAGUAAUAAUAAUAAUAAUAAUAGC